AAAUGGAUAAAACUAUUUCAGAAUCGAAUUUUGUUUAUGUGUAAUACAUUUAAGCUCAAAGGAAAAUACCUUUUUUGCUGAAGGUAAAAACCAAACAUUUGUGUUGUGAUUUUUAGCAUUGGUUUGUGAAAUAUUCAAAUUAAAAGCCCCUCCUGUUUUCCCCGUGCGAUCGAGUGAGCACAGUCUAAUUAGUCUAUUACUUUCUGGUAAUCCCCUGGCCCGCUGCCCAUGCCACCACUUCCUCCUAUACCAUUUGGCUCCUCCCCUGCAUGCUGUUAGCGGCCCUAUCAGCGACAAGCAGAACUCUCAUCAAAAAAGGUGUUCUCGAACUUAAGAGAAGGUUUCCAACCACUAGAGCCACACGGGAAGUUGGAGACAGGAAGCUGGCGGUUACAUGCUGCCACUUUCACUGUUCCAGGUUUCUUUUUAGAGAAAGAUCUGUGUGGUUUACGAGCGGCUCUCGUGGCAUGACGACCACUAACAAGGGAAACAAGGCCUUGAAGGUGAAGCGGGAGCCAGGCGAGAAUGGCACAAGCCUCACAGACGACGAGCUGGUGUCGAUGUCGGUGCGCGAGCUCAACCAGCACCUGCGUGGCCUCUCCAAAGAGGAGAUCGUACAGCUGAAGCAGCGGCGGCGCACGCUCAAGAACCGAGGGUAUGCCGCCAGCUGCCGAGUCAAGCGUGUCACUCAAAAGGAGGAGCUCGAGCGGCAGAAGGCCGAACUCCAGCAGGAGGUGGAGAAGCUUGCUUCAGAGAACGCCAGCAUGAAGGUGGAGCUUGAUGCCCUGCGCUCUAAAUAUGAGGCACUACAGAACUUUGCCAGGACUGUGGCUCGUGCUCCUGCGGUGCCCAUCGGCAACGCGCCCGUUCCCGUCUCCGCCCGGGGGUCUCUGGCCUCUGUCAUUGGGCCGCUUGUACCGGGGAAGGUGGGCGCCACCAGCGUCAUCACGAUAGUCAAGUCCAAAACAGAUGCUAGGUCUUAGUACAGGCCAGUGAGGAGAGAGGUUGAGGGGAGAGAAAGAGGGCUGGGGGGGGCUUGGUCAGUGCAUCACGAUUUAGGCACGGGACAAAUACAGCAAGAGGUCAAAUUGGUGCAAAUUGUUCCAGAUUUCUGUGAAAUGGAGCCUGACAUGGAGGACUGGUGUCUAAAAAGACAGCGUCCUCAACACAUCCUGAUACUUCCACUUGAAUUGGUCAGUACAGUAUCUUACUGUACACACUUCCAAACCAAAAACCACCAUCAAGGACAAUUUGGGCGACUGGGCUUCCAGAAAAAUCUUCAUUUUUUUAAAGAAAUUACAAGAAUUUGAAAGAGAAGCAGAAAAAGAAGCCUCUUGUGACUGCAAUGAGUGCUGGAUUUAUAGUCUUUCUAUUUUGUUGUUUUUUUUGUAUGAUAUUAUUGGACUUUAGGGCCCAAGUGUAUUUUUUUUUUCUGAUUUUUAUGCAAUAUUUAAAAUUGAUUGUGUUGCUGUGUUUUGUACUUCUCUCCUUUUUCCUGUGUCCGAGAACUUGGUCGCAAAGCAGACAUACACUUUGUACACUUUUAAUCUCCACCUUGCGCUCAUAAACACAAGGACCUGGCAUAAGGACGGGGCUUUUUAUUUUUAACAAGAAAUCUUAUAAAGCUGGGUUAGUUAGGAAUGAGAGCUUGUCCAGGACACACACACACACACAUCUGACAUAUUGUGGAGUAUUAGUGUCCUUCCUGUGUUUAUACUGACCCUGCACUGGUGUAUCUCCUACUCUGAGAUGCUUCCAGUCGUGAACACGCUCUGCUCUUUUUACGCUUUGGCCGUCCCUUUACCGUUGCCUAAUGUUGUGCACUGACCAGCCACUGCUGAGAAGCGGGAUGAGACGAGACGAGACAAGAGGAAUCAGCUGAUGAUAUUCGUAUGGUAGCUAUCAGGAUAACUGAGACCAGUUUAUGUGAUUGGGUAGUCCUUUUUUUUCAUAAGGAAUUAAAGAAAAAAAAAAGGAUUUAUUUCUUUUAUAACAGAACUUAUUGGCAAGGCAAUAAGACCUUUAUGUUGUGGAAAGUCAAACUGCUGAUUUAGUUUCCUUUGUGGAGCUUGUGAAAUUUUUGUCAUGUGUUUUUAUGCUGGCAAAACUGUAUUUUCUUUAUAUAUCUUUGUUGAUUACAAAGUGUUACCCUUAUUAUUAUUAUUAUUAUUAUUAUUAUUAUUAUUAUUAUUAUUAUUAUAUUUUCCCUGUCUUAUGCUUCCCAAUAACUCCAAGAGAAUGACUCGUUCUCUUCUUAUUUUGUUCCCUUUACCAAUAUAGACAAAAUCAGAAAAAGAUUGCUCUAAAAUAUAAAAAUUUCCAAAGGACAUUUGAACAAGGGGACUAUCCGGUUGCAUAAACCGGCAAUCUCUCACAAGCUUUACCAUAAAAUCUGUCGCUGUGACGUUGCGUAACGUAUUCUAAGAUUCUUUGUCUAUAUGGUGGAGUCUUGAAUUUUAUAUAAAACAAACAAAAAAAAAAUCACACAUAGAGUAUCUUGCAUUAUUUAUAAAACAUUUAAAAAAAAGAACUAUAAAGUUGUUUGAUAUCUCUCUUUUUUGCAAUUGUACCAAAAGUGGCUUAACUAUUGAAGUCGAUAGCUUUUUCUAGUGACUAGGCGCGUAAAACUGUGGACUAGCGCGUGUGGUGUGACGUGUAAGUGAUAAAGGUGAUGGUACUGUUCACUAUUUUUGGAUGUGAUGCUCUUCUGUUAUUUUUCGGUCAAACCCAGGUGAUGGACACACGUUACCCACAAUCCUUCACUUUAAUUUUUUUUUUUUUUUUUCUCCCCCUCCAUCCCAGUGCAGCUACUUUGCCACCCAGCCUGUGCUGAGUUAAAAUGUCAGAAGAAAUUUUUGAUAAAUUGAUUUUAGACUGUGUUUUUAAUGGUUGGUUUAUCGUGUCAGGAACAGCAGUGAGUGCUCAGCGUGUGAAAGCGUUCCUGAGCGGCUUAAAGUGUAGCAGCAGCGUCGAACGCUUUUGCACUUGAAUGCCGAAGGGACCGGACACGGUUUCCUUGACAUCAGCAACACUGGUUCUUUGUGCCCCAUUUAGUAACAACUAUUCUACACUUUGUAUUUGUCAUAAAGUAAAGUGAGGGAAAAAAAAUGGAAGGGAAAAAAAAAAAACUCAGGAAAGUGGAUCUA